UCAGGCCUUUUAUCUCUCGGCGCUGCCGGGGGAGGCGGGAGGAGGAGACACCGAGGGUGGCCCUGCGCGCCGGCGACACUUUUCCCGGGCUAUAAAUUGAGCACCUGGGAUGAGUAGGGGGCCAACGUAGCCACCGCCGCCCGCAGUCACAGUCCGACCACUGACCGCAGCAGCUCCCGUGGGCAGCAGCCGUCCGCAGCGAGAACGCUGAGCUGCCCGGGAGCAGAGGAUCUUGAGGCACAAGAGGAGCCAGGCCAGGGCUCGACCCACCCACCGACCACCCACCGUCGUCGCGAGCUUCCGGACGACAGAGCCGGGAGAAGCCGCGCAUCCCUCUGGGCCCCGGCUGCGAGCGAGACGAGAGUUGAAGAGGGCGGAGGAGGAGCCGGGAAUCCCGCCACACAGCCUGUAGUGAGGCCCUGGCCGGCCACCCCCGCCUCCCUACGUCGUUGAGCCCCGGCGCCCGCGCGGCCACCAUGAUGCAGACCUGCGACACCUACAACCAGAAGCACUCGCUCUUUAACGCCAUGAACCGCUUCAUCGGCGCCGUGAACAACAUGGACCAGACGGUGAUGGUGCCCAGCCUGCUGCGCGACGUGCCCCUGGCUGAGCCCGGGUUAGACAACGACGUCGGCGUGGAGGUGAGCGGCGGCGGUGGCUGCCUGGAGGAGCCCACGCCCUCGGCCACCGGGCCGGGUAGCGCCAACGGCAGCUUCUUCGCGCCUUCCCGGGACAUGUACAGCCACUACGUGCUGCUCAAGUCCAUCCGCAACGACAUCGAGUGGGGGGUCCUGCACCAGCCGCCGCUGCCGGCAGGGAGCGAGGAGGGCGGGGCCUGGAAGUCGAAGAACAUCCUGGUGGACCUGAGCCACCUGGAGGGCGCGGACGCGGGCGAGGAGGACCUGGAGCGGCAGUUCCACUACCACCUGCGCGGGCUGCACACCGUGCUUUCCAAACUCACGCGCAAAGCCAACAUCCUCACCAACAGAUACAAGCAGGAGAUCGGCUUCGGCAACUGGGGCCACUGAGGCGGGGGCGCCCACGGCUGCCCAGAGUCCCUCCCCGGCCCCGUCUCACCUUCUUUUCUUUCCUCAAAGCGAUUUUCUUCCUGGCUGUGGGGCGCGAACGGCGGACUGCAAGGUUGGGGGGCUGCGUACGUGCUAGGGGCGCGGCGGGGCUGCGUGGAGGAGAGGGGGCCUCAUUCGUAAGAGGAGAGCAAAGUGGUGAAGGGAGAGGGUGCAUUCUACGUUGGUGGAACUGGGACUGGGCUGACGCCCUGCAUUCAGCCUGUGCCUUCCCUGGACUUUCUUUUCUGUUCUUUCCGGAGGAGAAGGGCCGAGAAGAGGCCGUGUCAGGGCGCGGGACUGGGUUGCCACACUUGGGAGCGCCGCCCUGAGCUAGGCGGUGGGGAAGGCGGGGCGUGCAGGCCGCCCUGCCGUUGGGCCGUGGUGUUGCUAGGAUUGCAUCAGUUUUCCUGUUUGCACUAUUUCUUAUUGUAACAGUGGCCCUGUCUUAAGUAUUUCGAAUCUCCUUGAUCUGAAACUUCGGCGAUUCCUUUGUGAUAAGCGCACAAACAGCACUGUCUGUCGGUAACCGGUACUACUUUAUUAAUGAUUUCCUGUUACACUGUACAGUUGUCCUGUGGCCCCCGCACCCCCAUCCCUUUCCUGCCACUCCCACCCCUACCCCAGUGUGUACAAGCUGGCAGUGCGCCGGCUUGUACGAAAUUUGCCACUCAGCCAAUGAAAAAAUUACAUUAUGAGAAAGUGGACUUCUCCGAAAUGGAACCACUGACAUUCUAUCCAUGUUUGUACAUAGAAUGAUGAAGGGUUCCAUUGUUGUUAUAUGUCUUAAAUUUAUUUAAAAGUUUUUUAAUCCCAGAUGUAGACUAUAUUCUAAAAAAUAAAAUAAGCAAAUGUGUUAACUAAACUUGA